AUGAGUGCGCGGCCACGAGAGCGUCGUCCGCUGAAGUCGGUGAGGAAUGUGAGAUUUCGAGACUUCGCCGCCCUCACUGGGCCACUGGCGGGCUGCAAGGAGGUGGCACGAUACCCGCCCUUCGCGGAUGUGGACUUCAUGUGGCAGGUGCUGCUGGCGGAGAGUGGUAGUUUCCAACCAGUCCAGGACAAGGACGAGACAGUGUGCAGUUUGUCUUCGGCUGGGCACGUGGUUGUGUGCGCUGCCGCGGAGGUUCAUCACCUGACGGAUUUUGGCGUGCAGGUGUCCUCCAAUGCAAAGCCCUUCACAAGCUUCUCAGUUCGAGAGCAGGGGGAGCUUCCUCCGCAUCUUGCUGGCCUGGCCCUCUGGGUCCGCACCACUCCGCCUCAGGCCUCGCAUUGCGUGCGCCCGUGCCGCCUGAGCGCGGAGGAGGUCGUGGAGACGGGUCCCUGUUCCCUCGUGGUUGUCUUGAGCUUAUGUGGCCUUCCCACUGCCUACUUCCCCCGCUGGCAGCAGCAGGGUGGCAAGCUCUGCCUUUGUCCCGACUGCCGCGCAGAUGGUGGGGGCGAUGGGUUCAAGAUUCCCCCUGGCGAGGCCAUCGUUAUGCAGCCUGGCGAAAGCAUUUCUGUGGUGGCUGUGGGUGGUCCAGCCGUGGUGGUCCUUAUUGAGCUGCAGUUGCAGAACGCUCGACUGUAA